AUGUGUUCUGCUUUUCUCUGGUCGGGGGCACCGGACUCUGCGAAGGGCGCCAAGGUCUCCUGGGCAGCGGUAUGUACUCCUAAAGCCAGCGGGGGUCUAGCCCUGAGAAGACUUACUGGACUGGAACAAAACCCUGUGUUUGAAGCUCAUCUAGAUCUUGUUCACGAAAGGGGGCUCUCUAUGGGUCUCGUGGGUGCAUCAAAACCUGAUCCGUGGGAAGCAUUUCUGGUCGCUCCGAGAACGUGGGAAGGAAAGUUGGGCAUGGCACAAGCUGUUGAAGCUUCGACAAACGGCCAGAUCUCUUCUUCGUUGUCGGGUUCAAUGGGCCCUAGAUUGCUUGGCGUUCCUCUGGCUUCGACGGUUGCAGAGGCGGCCUCGUCCGAUGGUUGGCUCCUCCACCCGGCGCGAUCGAACGUUGCUGUAUCUAUUCACCAAGCCCUUAUUGCUCACCCUCUUCCGAGAGAUAGUAGCAGCCCUAAUCGGUUCUAUUGGUCGGGAAUGCAACUGGAUUCUCAACUACUGUUGUUUUCCACGAAGUCUACAUGGUUGACACUUUACCCGGCACCACCUCGUGUUCCGUGGAAGAAUGUAGUCUGGUUUGCUCGUUCUGUCCCUAAACACUCCUUCAUGACAUGGCUUGUGGUUAGGAAUAGGAUCCCAACACGUGAUAGGACGAAUGCUUGGGGGAUUAACACUCCGACUUGUUGCGUCUUAUGUGGUGACGAGGACGAAACUGUUUCUCAUUUUUCUUUCGAUGCUCCUACUCUGACCAUAUAUGGCCGGGUGUUUUGA